AGUAUAUUUCUGCCUGCCCGAAACGGUCACAUUGCGGUGCCGAAAUAAACAAAUUGCAAGUUGGAUUGGCUCCAAAUAAUUGCGAAUUAGCGUGACAAUGUCUUUCCAUCUAAGCACGAAGGAACGGCUUUUGCUCCUUAUCGACGACAUCGAGAUGAUAGCAAAGGAGCUGAUCGAGCAGGCGCACCAGAAAACCUCCAGCACAGAGUUGGUUGACCUGUUGGAUUUGCUGGUAGCCAAAGAUGAAGAAUUCCGAAAAAUGCUUGAGCUGGCAGAUGAGCAGGCCAAAGUAGAGGAAGCGAUGGAUAAGCUGCGCGCCAAGGUGGAGGUGCACGACCGUGAGAUACAAAAGCUGCAGAAAUCUUUAAAGGACGCUGAACUCAUCCUGUCCACAGCCAUUUUCCAGGCCCGCCAAAAGUUGGCAAGCAUCAACCAGGCCAACAAGCGACCGGUUUCCUCAGAGGAACUCAUCAAAUACGCCCAUCGGAUUAGCUCUGCCAAUGCAGUCAGUGCUCCUCUGACCUGGUGCAUCGGCGACUUGAGGCGACCGUAUCCCACGGACAUCGAGAUGCGCAACGGGCUGCUGGGCAAAUCCGAGCAGAACAUCAACGGCGGACCAGUGACGCACCAAAACAGUGGCAUCCCCUCGGAGCAGCAGAGAACUCUCUCCGGCAGCGGAGGAAGUGGGAGUGGAAGCGGAGCGGGUGGUGAGGUGCCUAAUGCCUUCCAGAACCAAUUUAACUGGAAUCUGGGCGAGCUGCACAUGACUAUGGGUGCGUCAGGAAACACGGUGGCCCUGGAAACCCGAGCUCAGGACGACGUGGAAGUCAUGUCUACCGACAGCUCGAGCUCCAGUUCCAGCGACUCGCAGUAGGACAGGAUAUGCUAUGAAUAAAUCUCGUUUAAGCUAUUAGUAUUAGGUAUUUAAUUAAAGCGCAUAAUAAGGAAAGCAAUGUUUACACUUUAAAUGUGCUGCAGUUCCAGAUUGGACUAAUUAGAUUUAAGAAAAACUUCGUACAAAGCCAAAUUUCACGCUCA